AGAGCACUAUUGCAGAUGACAACAAAAACACUCAUUUUCCCUGAUACUAAUACACAAAAGCUUUUAACAAAGGCCUGUUGUUUUAUUAUGGGGGUAAUAGGCCCAGCUACUCUAAUCACAGGCCCAUCAAUACUGUCUUCUUCCAAAAUCUUCCAGUUAAACCCUACUACACCAAAACAAUCUCUCAUUUUACUGAUAAUCUCCGGCGCCUUAAAUUCAACGAUGUCUAUUAUCCGGCGAUGCCUUAAAGAAGCAACCAAUUCGAGAUUCCUCCCUCAAUCAAUCUCCGGACGUUCGUUCUCCACCGUAAACACCAAUCCAAUUGCUCCUCCUCCUCGUCGCCGCACCACCACUGAGUUCGAUAACCUCAUCUACGAAGCAGGAAACUCCGGCGACUUCGAAGCCGUACGCCGUCUCCUAAACACCCGCGUCGUGAACGCCUGUUUCAACACCACCGCAACUUUCAAGUUCCUAACCAACACCGCUUCUUACGCCUCCUCGCUCGAGGAUCUCCGCCGCGUUUUACCUCAGACCGACGCCGGCUACACGCGGAAGCACGCCUACGAAACGCUCAUCGCUCGCCUCUGCAAGCUCGGCCGCGUCGACGACGCGCUGGUCCUGAUCAACGACAUGGCAGUCGGGAGAUUCGGUCUCUCGUCGUGCACGUUCCAUCCGAUUCUGAACGCGCUCACGAAGAAGAGCAAGAUCGAGGAAGCUUGGCGCGUGGUGGAGGUUAUGAGAUCUCACGCGGUUCCGAUGGACGUGACGGCGUAUAAUUACUUUUUGACUUCGCACUGUUACGACGGUGACGUGGCGGAGGCGAGCGAGGUGUUGAGGAAGAUGGAGGGGGAAGGGAUGGAGGGGGACACGCGUACUUACGACGCGCUUGUGUUGGGCGCGUGUAAGUCGGGGAAAGUGGAGGCGGCGAUGGUGAUACUGAGGAGGAUGGAGGAGGAAGGGUUGCCGGUAUUGUACUCUACUCAUGCGCACGUUAUCGGGGAGAUGGUGGAGUGUGGCUAUUAUGCGCAGGGUGUGGAGUUUGUGAUGACGUACGCUGGGAAAGAUCAGAGGUUGGAUGAGGAGAGUAUGGGGAGUUUGGCUAGUAAGCUUGUGAAGAGAAAGAGGUUUAAGGAAGCCAAGUUGGUUUUGAAGGAGAUGAGUGUGAGAGGGUUGAGGAUGGGAACUGCUUUGCGUGAGUUUUAUGAGAAACAAUGUGAUUGAUUCAAAGGGCCAAACAUGCACAAGCGUGUCACUUAACAGUUAGAGACAGAACGGAACACAUUGGAUAUAGAAUGGUGGAACGAUUGUGUUUAAUUUACAAGGGAAGCAGCAACAUUUACAUUACAGGCAGACACUACCUACUGUUUAUUUGCAGCAUAUGUGCUGUAUUACAUGAAACUUUCUACUCUGGGAGGCUUAGAUUAUUGGAUAGAGUUAGUUUCGAGAAACAUGUACUUGUUCAAGUUGAAUGUGAGAUCCAUUGAGUUUGUAGUUCCAGUACCAGCUUCCUGUUUCC